AUAAGAACUUAACCUUGUCAAAUAUGGCUUCCACCAUAAGGCAGUGUGGAUUUUGUUACUUGCGAAGGUCGUUUUUAUGGACAUUUUCGAGAAAUUAUUGUUCAUCAUCAAAAAAUACAUCGUCUGACAACAAAAGCAGUGAUCAGCAACAAAAUGAACAGCAAGCAGACCGACCAGUUUCAAGUAAUAAAGACAUUUUUGGUGAAGGAACCGAAACUGUCAAACGUGUUUCACCGAUGACUCCCGGCGAAAAGGCACUUGCAGGGUUUGCUAGGGCUUUAGAAAAAGCUAAACAUCCAGAAGAAGCAGAAAUUGACCUCGCAGAAGAGAGCCCAUUCGCGCCUGAUGAGUCGUUUGCAUCAAUGAUUCGCAAGUCGAAGUUGAUGCAAAUAGGAGAUCCGGCUGGCCGGACAGUGCUAGGAAAAAUCAUUGAAACAGUUGGUGAUGAUUUGUAUAUUGACUUUGGUGCAAAGUUCCACUGUGUUUGUCAACGACCAAACUACUUACCUGAGAAAUUCCAUCGUGGAACCCGUGUGAAGCUUCAGCUUAAUGAACUGGAAAUGUCGUCCAGUUUUCUCGGAUCUAAAAAACACGUCACUCUGUUGGAGGCCGACGCGACCUUGAUCGGACUUCACCGGAAACCUCUUGAUCUAAAACAGUAGACUUCCACAGUGUGUUGUAAAGAAGGGACCCGUUGGGCCGAGUGAUUACUUUUAAUAAAUAUGCCUAAUCA